CACUUUCCAUAAAAAUAUUUAUUACUGAAUGAGAUGGAGAAAGACGUUGUUAAAACGUAGGGUACCCUAGACUCUAGAGUUUCUCAAUGUGCUAGGGUCCCUAUCGACAAGGAGACAGCCCUUGUGUCCCUCUCUCCUGAGGGUCAUGUUCUCAGAUGUAGGGAGUUAUAUGGAGAGGGAAGAAUAGAAGGCGGUCUCUUUAGAGAGGGAGAGGGGGAAGAAAAGUGGUGGUCUUUAGAGAGAGAAGUAAAGAAGGUGGUGUCUCUGUUUUGGAGCGUAUCAGUGUGCUCCUCGGCUGUGUUGUUUUUUUGUGGUGGGGAAGCUUCCGAAAAAGGGAAGUUAUGUCUUUGGGUUAUGCGGAGAAGCUUUCUUACAGGGAAGAUGUGGGAAGUGUUGGAAUGUCUGAGAUUUUUGAUCCACCCAAUCUUUUGGAAAGCAAGAUUGAGGAGCUUGCCAUGAUGAUACGGAAGAGUAAGCAUUUGGUGGUAUUCACUGGUGCUGGAAUUUCAACGUCUUGUGGUAUACCUGACUUCCGUGGUCCAAAGGGCAUUUGGACUCUUCAGCGUGAGGGAAAGGUUAUUCCUGACACAUCACUACCCUUUGAUCGGGCUAUACCCAGUUUGACACAUAUGGCUUUGGUAGAGUUGGAGAGGGCUGGUAUCUUGAAGUUUGUAAUUAGUCAGAAUAUUGAUAAUCUCCACCUUCGAUCUGGGAUUCCAAGGGAGAAACUUGCUGAACUCCAUGGGAAUUCAUUCCGGGAGCUUUGCCCAUCAUGUGGAGCAGAGUAUGGCAAACCAUUCACAAGCUUCUCAUAUGUGCGAGACUUUGAAGUGGAAACUAUUGGAAUGAAGGAGACUUCGCGACGCUGCUCUGAUGUUAAAUGUGGGUUAAAACUCAAGGACACCGUUCUUGAUUGGGAGGAUGCCUUGCCUCCGAAGGAGAUGGACCCUGCAGAAAAGCAUUGUAAAAUGGCAGAUGUUAUAUUGUGCUUGGGAACGAGUUUACAGAUUACUCCUGCAUGCAACUUACCACUAAAAUGUACCCGUUUUGGGGGGAAAUUCGUUAUUGUAAACCUUCAGCCAACCCCAAAGGACAAGAAAGCGGCUUUGGUGAUCCAUGGUAAAGUAGAUAAGGUUAUUGCGGGUGUUAUGAACUUUCUAAGCCUCAGCAUUCCUCCAUAUGUCCGUGUGGAUCUCAUUCAACUGAGUUUAUCUUAUACACCAAAAAGAACUGGAAAAACAUAUGUAAAAUGGACCCUCAGAAUUUCUAGUAUACAUGGACUUAGGGCUCCACUGCCAUUUCUCAAAUCAGUUAUGGUUUGCUUUCCUGAAAGGCCAGAUCUGAAAACUGCCAUUUUACACAAGCAACCAUUUAAGCUAAUGAGGGAAACAUUGAGGAGCAGACCGUUCAAAAUGCUGAUAAUAAUGAACUUUGGUGAUGGCUGUGGCUGUUCUUCUAUCAAAAUUGAGUGUCCGGUCAAUUUCCAGAUUUCACAUGAGACCUUCAACAAUGGGAAAGAGGUGGUGGUGCAAAAUCUAAAAGACACCGCAUUCAAUGAAUCAUGUUGCGGACAGUUUGCAGCAGUAGAGAGGACAAUCGCAACUCAAUCCAAGGCCACAACUGUUUAUGGAAUAGUCACAAGCCUCGUUAGGCACAAUGAACUCCUUAUUGCUGAGGUCCCUCAAAGCAAUGGGAACAUGUGGAUGAAACGGUCCCACAUGGAUAAGAUCAGGCAUGGGCCAUCCCCUAAGAGAGUGAAAGAGGAAUCUUGAUCUCUCUCUCUCUCCCUCUCUCUCUCUUGUGGGUGGAGGUAUUUUUGCUCUCUCCCUUUUUGGUGGGUUUGGAGGUGUUUUGUUGAUGCUUAUGAGUUCUUGCCUGAUGUAGAUAAAAUUAAGUGGCUUAGGUCAGGUGGGGUGCAGGCUGAGUGAAUUUUGUCCUACUACACUCAAGUCUCAUGCCCAUUAAAGUAUUAGAAAGGAUAUAUCUUUGCCUGUAAAUUACUCCUGCAAAAUUUAUGAAUGAUAUCAAUAGACAAGGCGGGCACCAUAGUUGUUAGUAAUUUA